GGAUGGAACACUGAUAUUUAUACGUAUGUUUUCGUUGUCAGAGUGUGGCGUUUUGAAUUGAGUGAGGAAAAAGUUAUUAUAUUUCGUUGUGUUAUUAUUCCGGAUAUGACAUAUUAAAUUGCAAAACUCAAUCUUAUAUCAGUUAUCAACGUUGAAAAGACAAUUUACUAGUGUUUAAAAAUGUUAGUUUGUAUAAGACGCAUAUUUUUUCACAAGUUUGUUUACAAAACUAUAUGUUGUGUAUAAAGAUGAAAUUUUCAUUUGCACAUUUAUAAAAUAAUCUUUGUAGUAUGACAUGGAACCAAAUGUAGGUGAGAUGCCAGUUUUAUUUCUAACAAAAUUUGACCCAAUGCGUUGUGAUGCAUCGACAAUGACUGAUUUCAAAUCUGUUCGUAUUGGAAUAAAAAGAAAGCGAGAAGAAACCCAACCAUGUAGCAGUCUGAAAGUAGCAAAAAGUUCGUCUCCAGUAUCUUCUGAAUCAAAAAAUGUAUUGCGACUUUUAUCCAGUAGAGAGAAAGGUGCUGCAAGUAGUUCAAAUUUUAUUUCAGAUUUAUCGACUAUGAAAGCUAGAGAAUUAUCCUUAACGAAUUUUUUCUUCACAUCAAAUUCUAGUACGCAUAUUACCGACUGUGAGUUUAUAAGAGGUUCACGUGAUGGAAAAAGCAUUAUAGGUCUUUGGAAAGGUGAUCAUUACGAUGCUAUAAUAUAUAGAUUAACUUUUGAAUUUAGUUCAAAGUAUGAAAAUUCUGACAAGAUUCCACCAAUAGUUAAAAGCGUUGGGAAAGUUGGUCCAUUUUUUGCAUUAACUCGAGUUAGAGAUAUGUGCGAUGCACGUUUUAGGCAACAAAAUUGUGUUCUUUAUGUAGGGAAUCGUUUCAAUGAAAGAUCAGUAAUGGAAGGUAGUACCGUUUUGUGUAAUUUUACCAAUGAUUCUUACACUUAUGGACGCCAGUAUAUAUCAAAACGUGAUAUUUUGAGCUGUGCAGGUAAUGCCCAUGGAGAACUUUUUGCAACAGGAACAGAACAAGGUUGUUACAUAUUUGAUGAUGACAGAUUUACAUACAAAGCACGUCUACCAGGUAAUGUUCGAUCUAUUGAAUUUAAUGAUUCUGGCAAGAUGCUUUUCUGUGGUGUUGACACAGCAGGUUUAACUGUAUUUGAUUUAAGAGAACCACCAUGCAAUCGAAGAACUGUGCGUGUCAAUCGCUUUGGACCUGUUGGAGUAUCUGAAACUAAAUUAUUAUCAGGAGAAAAGACCAUGAUUGUUAGUGGAAUUGAUGGGAGUUUGUCAAAAAGUUAUGUUCAAAACGUCAGAAGAGUAAUGAAUGGGGAGAAAGGAAAUGUUCAGAAAAUAUUUCGGAAGGGAAGCUAUUUAUAAAGGCAGUAAUUAAA